GAAAUUACAUGAACACUUUGCAAGUGAUGGCAGACGAGUUUUCUUCCCCGUAAUGGCGGUGCAACUUCUACACCCGGCCGAGCGCGAGCUCAGAACAAGCCCUCUCGACCUGAUCAGGGCCCUGGGCGAGCGACUUCGUCCUGAAGAUCUGGCGGCUCCAACCGCGCUACUGACGUGUUACGAACUGCUGCUAGCGAAUCGAUGCGGAAGCGCAAAGUGUGCAGUCAUUUCGCAAACGGCGCGAGAUGCGAGCGUCGCGACGAGACUAUGUACAACCAACGAUGUAGCCUUGCAACUCGAAGAGCUUCUGUACGACCAGGCGCUCCUCGCGACGAGAGGUACAAUCAGCAAAGACUUUUCGGAGCGGAUCUGCACCUUUCCCGAGGUUGCGCGCUUACGUGGGCUGCAGGAAGAUGAUUCGGUGGAUUGGCUGGCGCCCUGUUUUUUUGACGGUGAAAGGACGCGGCGCGAGCGAAUUCGGGAGCUUGUGCGGAAAGUGUCUGCUCCGGACCACACCACGACCGCUAGCGAGCAAGAGCCACUUCUUUUGUUGCUCCUCCAACUGGCGAGACGACGACUCGACGCACCAAGAGAUCCGAAGGGAGCAGACCGGACCGUACACGCUAGCUCGCGUUUCGCGCUGCGCGACCCGGACCCCGUUGCCGACAGAACCGCAUUUGAGGCGCUCUUUCGAAACCAAUUUACUAUGCACAAUCAACACAGUAAAGGUCGUGACAACUUUUUUCUGGAAGAGCGUGACUUCUUUGCUUCGGGAAGUAGAAGUGUGUCCGCCGCGCUGCCCGCAAAAGAUAUGGAGGCACUGGAACCCUGGCCGAGUUUUUUUCGAGGUGAUGAAGUGCAGGAUCGCAGACUCGUCGGUCCACAGGGCGGGAACGAGCAUAGUAUUAUGGCACGAGCGCGUCGUUCCCUACCAAGACUGCGGUUGCGUUUGGGUACUGCACUGCCUGACUACACUCUGCUGCACGAAACCGUCCCUGUCUCAUCUCCCUUGCGCGACGCCGUCGUAGCAAGUGCGCAGCUUGCCCUGCAGGGAAUCCCGAGCGAGAUGUUCCCUCUGAAAUCCUCGCACAGCCGCACGGGGGUCGCCAAAUGGAGCAUCUGCUCUCUGCAGGCCCGGGUCACGUGUUUCGGAAAAAUUGUCCAGCAUUUGCGCGCCCGGGCCACCUGCUGGUCCUCUUUCUCUUCGACCUACGAUUUUUCCGGGCCGUUGAAGCACGAACUGAAAGCCGUGGAGUCCAUUGGCGAAGGUUUGAAGGGCAUUUUGUGGAACGAGUACAUCCAACAUGUACAAGGAUUCGGCCGACAAAGGGACACAACAACGCAAACGUCCUCGUCCUCUCUGCUGCAGCUCUGGCUGCACUUGCAAAAACCUCCCGUGCGGUGGGACUCUGUGCUACUCGAUUUGCUGCAAUUUUCUAGCAUAGUUGACAGACUCCUGGCCAAGGUAGUUCCUACCGCAAGUUCGUCGCGGAUGCGCCUGGAAGAUGAAUCCGCCGUCCUUGCCAGCAAUUUCCAAAGUGUACUUGAGCAAGCAGUGGAAACUUGGGCGACGGGGUAUGGCAGCUUUGGUAGUCACCGCGCGACGAUCGCCGAUCGGGUCGCAAAGCAACGAGACGUCGACGUGGUCAACGAGAGACCACUUCGCCGCUCUGCCGCAGUUUUUGGGCCUUCCUUCGCGUCACGCGCCCGUGCGGUCGCGGCUGCCGUCACGACAGAGACCGCAGAGAGAGAGCAGCGGCGCCAAGCCGCGCGAGCACAAGCAUUUCGUCGCCAGCGUAUUGGAUCAGCCAACUUACUUUCGUCAGAAGCUGCAACCGAGAGCCACCUGCUGCAAACCGCAGCGACCGCGCACAGAGGCAGCUACGACGGCGCUCAGAGGUUGCUGCGGGCACAACGCACUCGCGUUUUCAUGCGUGACAAGCCGAAGCGCGAGCACUGGGGUCGGACCGCCGCGGAGCGCGCUGCUUUUGACACCAAGCAUUUUGCAAUUGCCAAUCCUAUGGCGCAUAACGAGCGCGACAAGAGCGACGCCCUUCUGCAGGAGACAUACCACUCUUCAGAGAAGAUAAACAACGCCCAAGCUGCACUUGGUCUUGAAAAAGCUUCCAAUCGCGGUGCAUCAACAAAAACACCGGGAUCAUCAUCGCAAAGCCGAACUAUGGAACGAGACGGAACUGCUGCAAAAAUGCCGGAUUUCGCAUCUGAAUUCUGCGCUGCGUUUUCCGGUGUGAAGGCGGAAUCGGAGUUCUACUUCGGAGGUACUUCUUCAAACAAGCUACCGCACGAACAGGGCGACGACCGUAGCACUGCGCUCGACAGCCUGGACUCGGACACGGACUCGGUGGAGAGCGGCGGCGCAACCGCCACGGCUGGCGAUGAUUUGGCCGACACACUCGGCGGGGAAGCAGCACGCGCGGCACGAGAGCGAGAGCACGCAGCGCGCGUAGCGGAGAGAGAUGCGGACGUAGCGGAGAGAGACGCCAAAAAGAGGAAACAGCGACAGCUUCUAGACGAGCAGAUGGCGGAAAGGCGAACCGAAGUGCUCGCCGCGGAGCAGGGUGAGCAAACUGUGCCGCAACUUGCACAGGAAGUGAAUAUCCUUGGGCAGCCCCUUUCAGAGCGCGAGAAGAGAGACCGCGCGCAGGCGGCCGCUGCUCUACUAGCGGAACACGACCGCCAAGCUGCCGCGACUGCCUACGAGGCAGCGCGACUCGAGUGGCGCCGUAAGCGGCUCGAGGGACGCGACCGCCGGCUCGAAAUCGUUGCUGCCGACUUAGCGACAUCACUACCGGGAGGGCCGCCCUCAAUGUCCUCCUUGCAAUCUGCGAAAAGAGAAAUUGACGGAGUGGAUAAUAAAGGAUCAACUCCAGCUGCUGCUGCUGCGCCCCAAGACGAAGGAACGGUGGGGACUGGACAGGAAGAAAUAAUUGCGAGGACGUCGCCGCCACUCAACAUGGGCCUUACAACUUCUAGCAUCGCAGCUCUUUCCUCCCGGGGGCUUGCCUCGGACGCUGAGGCUCCACCUGAGCCAGCAUUCAGUGUACGGCGAGUGUCGGCAAAACGUAUUUCGCCUACAAGCAUAGCUGCCAAGAGUGUUCUUGCCUCGAUCUACGAUCGCGUGGUGUGCGAUGCCGACCAGCGAAACGAAGAAGACGAGCAGGUGAGUCGCAACCAGUGCCAGCAUGGGAAACUAGGAGCAGAAGUGGGCAGCGAAAUAAAUACGCCGAACAAAGGAGUCGGGGUCGGCGAAGAGCGGCGUGCUGAUCAGGAAGUCUCAAAGGAAGAAGCAGUUGUUGCCGAACAGCACUCGUCCACACCGAGAGUCGAUCUUGCAGACGGGGAAAAGAACUUCGAAUCGAGUUCCGAAGCGUCUCCGGCCGUGGAACAAAAGGAGGAACUCCCAUUAGAAGGUGAGAAGAAGAAGCCUGAUGUUCUUGCAGGUCACGACGUCAGGAGGGUGAGUAGUGCUACUUCAUCUGCUGCACCACUUUCACAGACGCCUCUAGAUGAGAAAUCACAACAAGGAGCAGGAGAGGUGCCGCGCGGUGACCGGCGCUUGGAAGUAGAACAAGAGACCCAUCGUGCCAACCUGACUGCUGCAACAGCACGAGUAGAAGAUCCGGUGAGUAAAAAUAGAGCAACUACACUUGGUCGAAAGCGAAUAGCCGAAGCUGAGGAGGAUAGUGUAGUCUGCGCACCAGAUGACGAAUCCUCAGAGGAGAGCAAGGAGUGUUUUCUCCAUCCCGUAAUAGCGCGGCGUGCCGACGCGUACCGCGGUCUUUCCCUGCAGAUUCGCGACUUGAAUGAGCACUUUUGCAAGCACGAAAAUACUAAAUCCACCUCCGGUCGUUCCUCCGCACGAGCAGAACAAAUCAUGCUGACCGAGGAAGGCAUAGGCGGUGCCACCACACUUGCAAAAUUUCUUCUGUCGGUCGACUUUGUCGGUUGGGUAGACCGUUUCGUGUACGCCACCUUGGAUGACCAGAGUUUCCGGUCCGCACAUUUUUCUUCGGUCGGGACGACAGUCGCGAGACUGUUUCAGCAGACCCGCGACUCCUCCGCUAUUUUUUCGGCGGAGAGGGAGACGCACCCGAGGACGGCGGGAAAAAUAGACCAAUUUAAUGCGGCCCCCCUGGAACUGGUUUUGCGACAGGAAGCGAUGAUUAUGGUCGAGUCGCCGUCGGAACUGUAUUCGAAGAUGCAAUUUGUACUUCCCGAAAAUUAUAAGCUUGUAAUGAAAGAGUCUCAACAAACUACAUCUUCAUCAGCACCAGCACACCUCCGGCGUUAUGAACACAGUCGUCAGCUCGUCAUCCUCUCCGGGUUCUUCCAGCUGCUCUGUCGUGUGAAGGCCGCGCGGGAAGAGUUGCGAACCUUGUGGUUGUGGCUCUGCAAACACCCUCUGUGGGUCGAUUCUCGUUUGCUAAAAACAAGCUCGGGUCGUGGAGUCGCAUCCUCGCAAGAUGCCGCUCAACAACCGCCGGGGGUUCCGCGCGCGAAGGACUUCGUCAAAUCCCUCUUGUUGAAGCUCGGGUUGCUGAGGCACCACAUGCAGCACUACGUCGACCAACUGGAAGAGUACCUCGUGCUUGCCGUCUGGACCGAGGCCAUCGCAGACACUCGGGGUCGAAUAAAGGAGGCGAAGAGUAACAAGACUACUUCCUGUGGUCCUGUAGCUGCAGCUCCAGCAGCGCAGUUGGCUUUCAAGGCAAAUCAUGUUGCGACGCCUGCCACUGCAUCUGGAGUGGCUGCCACGCCGAAGCUGCCGGGGGAAGAUCUUCUACCUGGACGACGGGCUUCGAUCAAGAAAACAGAAGAUCACAGUGCAGCGACAGCCCGAGCGGCAUCAUCUGGCGCCGGUGGUGGAGGUGGUACUGCACAACUUCCGAGAAGUUUUUUACUCCGCGACCAGGUGGAGCAGAUCGAAAGGGAUUUCUUUGAACAGGUCAAAGCGCGCAUUUUGUUCGGUGAGGGUAUCUUCGAUGCGCCUUUGGAACUGAUCGCGAAGCUGAGGUACCUCAUAACCAAUGUGUCCUCGGAUCAGGAGCUAGUGCGUGGUAGUUUGUUGUACCAGUUGAAGCAAGUCGAUUCGAACUUUCACAAAUGCAAGAAAGCAUUGCGGCUUCGCCUCAAGCAGCCCGACAUCAAGGUCCCGUAUUUAGCAGGCUUGAAUCUCAUUUAAGGACAAUUUAUUUUCGCCAUGCGCGAUGCUCAGGACACAGACAAUGGCGUCGACGAGUUUUGCAAAUUUAGGAGCAAGGCUCUGUUGGAUCGAUUGUUACUGGAGACAAAGCGAACACUCGCUUUUCGCGAGUAAAGGCAUUUGAAAUGCUUGCAGGAUAACAAUGAUUCAUGCGGAAGAGCCGUUGAAUGAAAGAAGAUCAAAUGCCAGCAGCGGCGAUCCACAAUAUGAUCUCAUAAAUAG